AUGAAUAAAUCGCAGCGAGAUCAACAGCAACAGGAGGAACGAAAAAAAAAAAGGAGGAAGAGGGAGGGAAAUGAGGAAAGGAAUAAUGAAAAGCAGCAAACUUCUUUCCAUUUUGAUGUUUUCUUUUUCUUUCUUUUUUUUUGUUCCUGUUGCUGUUGUAGUUCCUGUUUUUGUUUGUUUCCCAUCUUUCGAUGCAUUCAGUUUGUUUUCGUUCAUUUUUUUUUAAUUUUCCUUUCUGUUCCGUUGUCCUUUGAAUCUUCUUACCUUCCAUUCAACAAUGCAUCAUUUUGCCCCAAUGCUUGUUUGUUAACACAUGUAAGGAAAAGAGUGAAUAGAAACAAAUUCACAUGGGGCAUACACGCACACGCACAAAAAGAGUGUAACUAA